CUCAUAAACACUGAACGCAAACCGGUUUACCAUGAAAUGAAAUGAGAAAAGAAACAAACUCAGAUUUCGACUCCGUGCUGAUCAAUCUCAAACCCUAACUCUCAACAACGAUGAAUCGUUUCAUCUCUUUCAUUUUCUGUGGCCGUGGAUCCUCCCUGAUCUCACCCAAACCCUCGCUUGCAUGUCGUCCCUUCUCGCCGGUGCUCCAAAACGAUGGACAUGUUAGGGGAUUUUCAAGCGCAAAUUGGGGUUUCAAUGGGAGGAAUCCUGGUGAGAAUGUGAAUGCAAAUGCAAGGGCCGAUCCAGAUUUUAUCCGGGAUAGUGAGAAUAGAAACUUCAGAAGUGAGAAUAAUGUUCCAGGUUUUAUGCGGGAUAGGGAGAAUAUAAACUCCAGAAGUGAAAAUAUCGUUCCAGGUUUUAUGCGGGAUAGAGAGAAUAUAAACUCCAGAAGUGAGAAUAAUGUUCCAGGUUUUAUGCGGGAUAGGGAGAAUAUAAACUCCAGAAGUGAAAAUAUCGUUCCAGGUUUUAUGCGGGAUAGAGAGAAUAUAAACUCCAGAAGUGAGAAUAAUGUUCCAGGUUUUAUGCAGGAUAGAGGGAAUAUGAACCCCAGAAGUGAGAAUAAUGCCGGGGGUGACAGGAAUUUUAGGCAUAUGGACUUUGUAAGAGGAAUUAUAGAUGAAGAUGGCAGGGAUCGGGGUCAUCUAUCCUCUCCAUAUCAUUAUGAGCAGGAUGCUGAUUUUGUUCAUAUAAAGAUGUUGCGUAACAAUACCUUUGUGACUGUAACUGAUUCUAAGGGAAAUAUAAAGCUCAGUGGCUCUGCUGGCUCCUUGAAAGAUAUGAAAUCAGGGCAAAAGCUUUCUAGGUAUGCUGCUGAAGCAACUGCAGAAGUUGUUGGCCGAAGGGCAAGGGGCUUGGGGUUGAAAUCUGUUGUCAUGAAAGUGAAUGGGUAUACUCACUUUAGGAGAAAAAGACAAGCAAUACUGAGUUGGAGAGAGGGAUUUACCGAUUCUAAAGCGGAUAAAAAUCCGAUUGUGUUCGUUGAAGAUACCACCCGACGCGCCCAUAAUGGCUGCAGGCUCCCAAAGAAACGACGUAUUUAGUUAUUGUUGCUGGGAUGGUUGAAAAAACUCUAGUUGACUUGGAUGUAGACAGUUUAGGUGCAGUUUUGGCACAUGCAGAUUUUCUUGUUAAAGCACCUUUCAUGAAUAUUUCAAUUCCUGUUUGUAGAUUGUCUGUUUGCCUGUCCUUUUGUUACAUUUUGUACAACUAGGAAGGUUGAAUAACAUGAAGUUUUUUGUAGUAAUACUUACUGAAGAGCUAUUCUUAGUUGAAUGACAUGAGGCUCAUCAGUUGAUCUGGUGUAACUGCCUCGAGCUGUUUCUUUUUUA